AUGGUCUUUGAACCGCCGAGCUGGGUCCCCAAGCUGCCAUUCGAUCCUCCAGACAGCAUCCCUGUGGCUGAGUUCACCACCAACGACAAGCAUGGCCGCCACCCCGCCGCCCAGAGCAGGAAUCCCUUCACCUGCGGUCUCACGGGCAAGACAUUCUCCCUAGGCGAGUUCAGUGCAAGGCGUGAGGCCCUCGCACGCGCGAUCGGGAAGCGUCUCGGGUGGCAGCCGAACGAGGAGACAGAGUGGGAUAAAGUGGCAUGCAUAUUCUCAUUCAACACGAUCGACUACAUGACGGUCGCAUAUGCUGUUCACAGGCUUAAUGGCAUUGUCACGCCCGCCAAUGCGGCCUACUCGGCGCAGGAGCUCGCACAUCAGCUUAAGUCCUCUGGUGCAACGGUCCUAUUCGUUGGGGGCCCGCAGCUCAAGGUUGGCCUCGAGGCAGCCCAGGCUGCCGGGAUCCCCAACGAUCGGGUGUGGUUGAUGGGCAUGCCGGGUUUCGAAAAAGCCGAUGGCUUCGUGAGCGUCGAGGAUCUCAUCUCCGAGGGACAGAAGGCCAAGGAGCUCGAUGUGCUGAGGUGGACCAAGGGCCAGGGCGCACGCCAGGUCGCGUUCCUCUGCUAUUCUAGCGGCACCUCGGGCCUGCCCAAGGCCGUCAUGAUCUCCCACCUGAAUGUCAUAGCGAACACGAUGCAGUUUGCCACCCAUGAGAGCCACGCGAGGAAGAAGUUUGGCAUUGGCCUGCAGGCCUCGCUCGGGCUGCUACCAUUUAGCCACAUCUAUGGUCUCGUCAUCAUGGCGCACGGCAAUGUCUGGCGCGGUGACGAGGUCAUUGUGCUGCCCAAGUUCGAAAUGCCAACGUUCCUCGCUGCUAUCGAGCGGUUCAAGCUGAACACAUUAUAUCUGGUCCCACCUAUCGUCAUUCGCAUGACGAGAAGCCCCGACGAGUGUAAAAAGUUCAACCUUGACAGCGUUAGGGUGGUCUACUGUGGAGCGGCACCACUGGGAGAGGAAACUGUUGCGGAUAUGAAGAAGCUCUAUCCAAAGUGGCGAGUAGCACAAGGAUAUGGCAUGACCGAGCUCGCGACAUUAGCUGUCUCCUCCAGCGAACACGACAUCAUGCCCAAGUCCUCUGGCUCCAUCUGCCCGGCGACUAGGGCCAAGAUCAUCGGGCUGGACGGGAAGGAGGUCACUGAGUAUGACGUGCCCGGCGAGCUCUGGAUACAAUCGCCGUCUGCGACCCUCGGCUACCUCAACAACGUCAAGUCCACUGCCGAGACCUUCGUGCACGAUCAGGAUGGCCGCUGGGUCAGGACAGGCGACGAGGCGCUGGUGACGCUGGCUCCUUCUGGUAUCGAGCACGUGGUGAUAGUCGACCGGAUCAAAGAGCUUAUCAAGGUCAAAGGCCACCAGGUUGCCCCCGCCGAGCUCGAGGCCCACCUGCUCUCUCACCCUGCCGUGGCCGACUGCGCUGUCAUCCAAAUCCCCGAUGACCGAGCCGGCGAGGUUCCCAAGGCGUUUGUCGUUAAAGCGCCGGCGUUCGCAGGCAAGCCGGAAGACGAAGUCACCUCGGCAAUACUCAAGCAUGUCGAAGAGCACAAGGCCCCCUACAAGUGGAUCAAAGGUGGCAUCGAGUACCUGGAUGAGGUACCCAAGAGCCCCAGUGGGAAAAUCUUGAGGCGCCUUUUGAGGGACAAAGAGAAGGCUGCUAGGGCAAAGGCUGGCCCCAGAUUGUGAUCGAUUCAUGCAAAUAGAAAUAGAGAAUGUAUCGAUAUUCUGGACAUACAUAUCUUGGAGUUCUGGCUGCUAUGAAUGGGAGGGGGGAUAGAAUUAGUUAGCAGCACUAGCAACAUAGCAAUUCGUACACAGC